ACUUCUUUCUCACAUCUCAGCUGAACUUCGUAUCAAAUAUAUUCACUCAGGUUACAUUUCGCCGUGGAAAGAAAGCUCUACGCCUCUACAUACAUACAUACAUACAUAUUAUUCAGUCUCUGCAUAUGAUAUGAACACAAGCUUCUCCUUCAUUAAAGCUUUCAGUCACUGAGAAAACUCGAUUAGGAAGUCGAAAAUGGCGACACAGAAGGAACACAUUGAGAAGAUUCGAAGAGACAAAUUUUCCAUCGGAGGGGAAGCUAACUCACUCAGAGAUGAUCUCAACAAUGCCGUUACUUAUCUCUCCACUGAGCUCUACGCUAAAGACGUCCAUUUCCUAAUGGAACUCAUUCAGAAUGCAGAAGACAACGAGUAUGAUGAGGAGAUCUCACCAUCGUUGGAGUUUGUGAUAACAGCUCAAGAUAUUACAAACACUGGGGCUGCCGCCACUUUACUCAUCUUUAACAAUGAGAAAGGCUUCUUACCCAAGAACAUUGAAUCCAUUUGCAGCGUUGGAUCAUCCACCAAGAAAGGAAAACGCAAACAAGGGUAUAUUGGAGAGAAAGGAAUUGGUUUCAAGAGUGUGUUCUUAAUCACACAACGACCUUAUAUAUUCAGCAAUGGCUAUCAAAUAAGAUUUAACGAAGAGCCUUGCUCAGACUGUAAUGUUCGGUAUAUAGUUCCAGAAUGGGUUGACGAUUACCCGACCAUUUCCACCAUUCAGAAAAUCUAUGGUUCUAAAACUCGCUUGCCAACAACUACAAUUGUGUUGCCGCUGAAAGAUGACAAGAUCACACCUGUGAAAAAUCAGUUAUCAACUAUUCACCCCGAGCUUCUGUUGUUCCUCUCUAAGAUAAGGAAGCUUUCAGUGAAGGAAGAUUGUGAUGAUCCCGGACUUCGAACAAUCACUUCAAUAUCCAUUGCUAGUGAAACAAAUUUUCUCUCAAGGAAAAACAUUGAUGCAGAUUCUUAUUUGCUUCAUCUAUCUUCCGAUGAGGAAGGAGAAUGUGGCUACCACAUGUGGAGGCAACGGUUUCCUGUAAAACCAGAACAUAGAGUGGAUGUAAGGAAGGAAGUGGAAGAGUGGGUGCUCACUUUAUCCUUUCCUAUUGGGAAGCGGCUCAAUCGAGGAAUGAACUCUCCUGGAGUCUAUGCAUUUCUUCCUACCGAGAUGUGUUCCAACUUCCCAUUCAUUGUGCAAGCCGAUUUUAUAUUGGCUUCAUCUAGAGAAACAAUUUUAAUGGAUAACAAAUGGAACAAAGGAAUUCUUGGUUGUGUGCCCACUGCCUUUGUUAAUGCAUUUUGUUCAAUGGUUAAAACUUCAGAAGAAGACACUCCUGUAUCCACUUUGGUUUCCAUGUUCGACUUUUUGCCCAUCAACAGUUCUAGCUAUUCUGUGUUGAAUGACGUGAGGGAAAAAAUAAAAGCUAAACUGGUUGAAGAAAGUAUAGUUCCUUGUGAGUCGUAUACAAGACAAAGGUGUUUCAAUAAACCAAGUGAAGUGGGUAGGCUUAAGUCUGAUUUUCGCGGUAUAUUGGUCAAGGCUGAGAAGCAAGGGGUUAGUUUACAAAGUAUUUCGUCACAUGGGAAAUAUAUUCUAAAUUCUUCAUUUGAUAAACCCAAACACAAUGACGUAUUGGACUUUUUGGGGUUAAAGCAAGUUGAAGCUGAGUGGUAUGUGAAGUUCAUAAGAGGCUCUAAUUUAAUCAUGGGGGUAUCGGACGAGGUUUAUUUGGAGAUUCUACAUUUUAUAGCUAAACAUUGGAAUUCUCAGUUCCGCAAUAGUAGCCUGAACGACAUCCCAAUUCUGAAGUAUGUGAGUCUACAUGGUGAUGUAUCUUUGUUCACCCUAAAUCAAGCUCUUAAAAACUAUUAUGUUUAUUUUUCAUCUAAAUGUGAUCAAAUUUCAUGGUUGAUCGACUGGAACAAGGAAAUUAGAUGUCAGGAAAACAUGGUUUUUAUGCCUAUGCUUACUCAACAAUUACUUCUUCAGAGUUCUAACAAGAAGGAGAUUCUCGAUUGGUUAAUGAGCAAAGGUGAUGUUCGUGAGAUGGAUGUUGGUUUGUAUGCAAGUCAUUUGAUUAGUAAUAUCAACAAUGAUAAGAAACUAGCAUUUUCCUUCAUGCAUUUCUUAUAUCAUUCACAUUCACAAGGAUAUUUAGCAGAUCAAGAUAUUAGAAAAUUGUGUUCCCAAGUGCCUAUAGUGAAUAAUUACGGGAAUAUACAUGCAAAUUGCAAAGGAAUUCUAGUACCUGCUCAUGGGAGCAAAUGGGUUGGCUUGCUUGGAGCCAAUCCAUGGAAGGAAGAAGGAUAUAUUGAGCUAUCAGAAAGCUAUUUGGCUUCUGGAUUAUAUGCUGGUAAAAGGACUGCUUCUAAUGAAAUCAUGCAGUUCCUUAAAAAUUAUUUUGCAGCCGCUGAUCUUCCAUUCAUAUCUCCUCCUGCUACUACGAUUCCCACAAUGUCGGGUCCACUAACAAAUGAAAAUGCAUUUUUGGUAUUUAAAUGGAUUCGUUAUUUGAGACGGAACAGAGUUGGUAUGCCUGAAAAAUUCUUGAAUUGCAUCAAAAAUGGAAAUUGGAUGAAGAUAUCAUUUGGUGGAUCCUCUGGUUAUAGGUCUCCUUCACAGUCGUUCUUGCCAAGUUCAUCAUGGGGAUAUCUUUUACAACUUGAAGACUCUUUUCUCGUUGAUAUUCCAAUAAUUGAUAUGAAAUUUUAUGGUGAUGAAAUAGUUGAAUACAAAGAUGAGCUCAAACAAAUUGGUGUCAUGUUUGAAUAUGGAGAAGCCUGCGAAUAUGCUGGGAAACAUCUUAUGACUUUGGCAGCUUCUUCUUCCUUAACUAAAGAGAAUGCCUUUUCAAUACUGAAGCUCAUUAGGUUUCUAAGGGAAAAAAUGUUGUCUCCUGUUGAUUUUAUUAACAGUGUCAAGGAUGGAAGAUGGCUUAGAACUUCUAAAGGUGUUAGAUCUCCGGUGGGUUCUGUUUUAUUUAGUCAGGAAUGGAAAGUUGCAUCUCAGAUAAGUGACAUCCCAUUUAUUGAUCAAGAUUACUAUGGCCAGGAAAUACUCUCUUUUAAAUCUGAACUUGAGUUAUUGGGUGUCAUAGUUCAGUUCAACAAUAAUUACAAACUUGUUGCUGAUUGCUUGAAAUCUUCAGGAUCUUUUGGUAGUUUGAGUGCUGACUGUACUUUAUUGAUGUUAAAUUGCAUUCGCAACUUAACGUUUAAUAACGGAAUUAUUGAUGCUUUGAAAGGCAAGAAGAUUUUGAAAACAAACAAGGGCUACAUGUCUCCAGCUGAAUCUUACUUGCUGCAUUCUAAAUGGGGUAGUCUAUUGCAGGUUUUCAAUGUCUUCCCACUAAUUGAUGUUGAUUUCUAUGGUCGGACUAUUUCCUCGUAUGAGAGUGAGUUAAAGGUGAUUGGCGUUAAGGUAGAUUUUGAGACCGCGUGCAAAGAGUUUGGUUGCAAGUUCAAGGAUCUGGCAUCAAAAAAUUGCAUCAGCAGAGAUAAUGUCCUCUCGUUCCUCGAAUGCUGGAGGAGGCUUACUGAUUUGGGUUAUAGAUUCCCAGAAGAUCUCAAGAGCUCUAUCAAGAACGUGAAAUGGUUACGAACUACUCUUUGUGAUUAUCGGUUGCCAAAAGAAUGCAUUUUGUUCGGGGCUGAAUGGGAAUCUAUAUCUGCAAUUGCUCGGCUCCCAUUUGUUGAUGAUAGUGAGGAGUAUUAUGGCAAGGCCAUUCACAAUUAUACGAAGGAGUUGAAAAACAUUGGAGUUAAUACUUCUUUUAAAGACUGUUAUCGCUUUGUGUUUGAGGGCCUUUCUUUAAUCUCUAAUCCCUGGAAUAUAACUCCUGCAAAUGUGUAUUCUCUUUUAGAAUCCAUCAGAAACUCACAACUUCAGAACGAGCCACUUUCGGAGUCUCUUAUGAAGAAACUGAAUAAGAAAUGGAUAAAGACGACUGCUGGCUACCAGUCUCCAAAAGAGUUCUUGUUCUUUGACUCGAAGAUGAACUGCUUGAAACGACUUGAUGGGCCAUUUAUUGAUGAAGAAUUUUACGGGCCCAAGAUUACAUCAUACAUGGACGAAUUCAGGGCACUGGGAUAUAGUUCUAACAUUUCUCUUCUGGCCAGACAUUUAGAAUUUCAUUCAAAUCUUGAGACUAUCAUUCGUGUAUACAGUUAUUUGAAAAACUGUAAUUGGGAGUGCGGAGACGACAGAAGUGUAAAAAUUUGGAUUCCAAUUGAUAGCGAGAAUGGAAAGUGGGUGGCUGCUGAAGAUUGUGUCAUUAGUGAUAGUGAUGAUCUCUUUGGCACAUCAUUUAAUGUUUUGGAGAAAUUUUAUGACAAAAACUUACAAGAUUUCUUCUCAAAUGCUUUUAAAGUUAAGUGUCAUCCUUCACUAGAUGAUUAUCUACGACUCUGGAAGUCUUGGGAAGGUUCACGUGAGACUUUGUCUCAUGUGGAGUGCUUUGCUUUCUGGCGGGUUGUUCACAAGAACUGGUGUUUAAAGACCGAGAAAACUUUGACAGAUGAGUUGGUGAAAUUGCCUGUUUAUUCUGGAUUGAGUGAUAUCAUACUUUGUCCUAAGGAAGAUGUGUUCAUUGCUGAUGACCUUCAACUGAAGGAUCUCUUCCAACACACUUGUUCAAAACCGUUGUUUGUGUGGUAUCCUGAGCCUAGCUCUUCAUCAAUUUUGCCCUGGGAAAAGAUGCUAUCAAUUUACAGAAAGAUAGGUGUACGGACUAUAACUGAAUGUGUAAUAAAAGAUGAUUCGAGCAUUUUGGACGAGGUUAAGUUGGAACAAGUUGCCUCAAGCAAAAUUUUUAUCUGCAAGGGACUUCUCAAACUAAUUCUAGGUUUUUUGGGCAAUUCAUCUCUGAAAAUGGACUUGAAGGAGAGGCAUAAAUCUGUUACAAGCCUUCUCAAUGCCACAGUAUUUCAAACAGAGGAACCGGUUACCAUGAGCUACAGUUUGCCUUUAUCGAAUGGAGAGAAUGUAAGUGCUUCAAUGACAAGGAUGAUUGGAUGGGAUAGAGAGAAUUCCAAACUCUUUUAUCAGAAGAGGGAUGGAUCAAGUGGUGGUUACAAAGGCGAUAUUGAAUUUGCAACAUAUUAUUCUGAAACAGUUUCUGAAGGUCUAUUAUGGGAGCAUAAUGAAGAUCAAAAAUCCCAGUUGGCUGAGCUUAUCAAGCUGGGGAUGCUACUCAAAUUUGAUGAAGAUGCAAUUGAUUUCUUAAUGAAAACUAAAAAUCUGCACCGUUUUUCAGAGGAUGAUGAGUUCCUUUCUCUGUCCUUCUCUUCUGGAUCGCCUGAAUAAUAGCUUGUUACAUUGUUGCUACUUGCCACGGAAAGGUUAAGGAGAUUUGGAACAAUAUGAAGCAUAUUUUCUACAGUAUUGUUAUGUUGUGUAUUUUGGGUAAUGUUUUAAAAUUUGAAAAACUUGUAUGAAUGAUUGAUUCAAGUUUUUAACUAAAUCACAUGGUGUGUUAGAA